CGGUACUUAUUUCCUAUUUUUGUUUAAAAUUUGAACAUAAGGUUCUCUCAUUGCAUUCCUAUCAAAGAAAUGUGAAGAAAAAAAAUGGCCUUCACUUUCAAUCUUCCGAUAACCCCUUCUUUCUCUACUCCAUCCUUCAACAAUCGCAAACCAACCGUUUCAUGUUCCUUCUCUUCACAAUCUCUUAAGUGUAAGAGAGACUACACGAGUGUGAUGAUAGUGCCGACUGGAACUGGAGCCGCUAUUGGUGGGUUUGCUGGUGAUGCUUUGCCUGUUGCUCGUGCUCUCUCUUCAGUUGUUGAUUGUCUUAUCACUCACCCUAAUGUGCUUAACGCAGCAAUGCUAUAUUGGCCAAUGCCUAAUGCAUUAUAUGUUGAAGGUUAUGCUCUUGACAGAUUUGCAGAAGGGUCAUGGGCCUUACAGCCUGUUCACCAAAAUAGGGUUGGAAUAGUUCUUGAUGCUGGUAUAGAGGAAGAACUUCGGAUUCGACAGUUACAAGUAGCCGAUGCUGCAAGGGCUUCCCUCGGAUUGCCUGUUGUAGAAUAUACCGUCACAGACACUCCACUUGAGGUAGAGAAGUGGAUUGAUCCUAAAACUGGCAAAUCUACAGGGAGGAUUAAGCACCCUGAUUCUUUACUUAGAGCUGUGCAGACCUUAGUGAACAGGUCAAAAGUGAAUGCCGUUGCUGUUGUUGGACGUUUCCCAGAUGACGAUACCGAUGAUGUUGAUGAAUAUCGGCAGGGAUUGGGAGUAGACCUACUGGCGGGAGUUGAGGCAGUUAUAAGCCAUUUAGUGGUGAAGGAGUUCCAAAUUCCUUGUGCACAUGCUCCUGCAAUGGCUCCAAUUCCCCUGAGCCUAUCUCUAAGUCCCAAAUCAGCAGCUGAGGAGAUUGGGUACACUUUUCUGCCAUGUGUGCUAGCUGGCCUCAGUAAAGCUCCACAAUACUUGGUCAUGCACUCUGAAUCAAUGGAAAAGGGUUGCAUAUUGGCAAGUGAAGUGGAUUCCAUAGUUCUUCCUAAAGAUGCUUGUGGAGGGGAGGGGACACUUGCUUUUGCAAGAAAUGCGAAAAAUAAGCCACUUAUCAUUACUGUAGAAGAAAAUGAAACUGUUCUGGAUGAUACUGCAGAUAAACUUGGUUUGGAAGUGCUGCAUGUCUCAAAUUAUUGGGAGGCUAUUGGAGUAAUAGCUGCUCACAAAGCAGGGAUAGAUCCAUUUUCACUUAGAAGAAAUAAAAUUCAUAACAUUGGGAGCACUUCAUUUAUGCCUGUCAAUGGUCACUCCAAUACAAGAGAAAGAGCUGUCUACUGAUUAAACUUUUGAGAACUCAAUGAUAGUAUAGAUAUUUUUUGUUACAUUAACCAUUGGAGGAAAUAGUAUUUUGUGUUCUGGAUUUUAGGUGUUGUGACCAUAUGUAUUUCUCAGAAGGUAGUAAUUGUUGUACUUCUAACUCUAAGCUCUAACUAUGUUGUAACACAGGGUAGGAUCAAGUUUCAGUAUAUACUGAAUUGGUUUCAAUGCAAGGUUAAGAAUAUUUGGUUUCACACCUCA